CUCCGGCCAGGUGGGAAAACGGGACGGACGGGAAAGCCCGACGCGGAACCGACAGCGGGACGAGAGAGGGAAAGGCGGAGUGCGACUUGAUUUGAGUCUCCUAACCCCAAAGCAAGCGCGGCACAGCCCCCACCCCCCUGCCGUAGCCCAGCCCCAGCCGACCGCCUCCACUCCGCGCUGCCCACGCGACGCGUGCCCGCCGCCUCGCCGCCGCCGCCCGCCAUUAAAGGCCGCCGCAAGCGCCUCUGCGCGACUCCACCUCUCCUCCUCUGCCUGCGCGCCUCCCCCUCGUGCUCCGCUCCGUCGUCGUGCAUAUCCAUCCAUUGCGGCCAGGCCCCUAGCUAGCGAUCACGAUCCCCUUGCAUGCCCAUGCGUUUACUUCUCUACCAACCAAGUACUAUCAUUAUUUCUUUUCGAGGAGCAAUCAAGAAUCGUUUCUUGAGGGCUUCGGAUUUCUGCGCCCCCGAAUCCGGUAUAUCUCUCCGUACGGAAACGCUGGCCAUGGUCUGCGCAGCGGGGCCAUGAGAACAACUUAAGUGCGAUUGCGUCUCUUCUGUUUUUUCAUCUCGUUAUCAUGGUUCGAUUCUUUCAGGAAUAGAUUCGCCCAGUCCAUGUCGUAAGCUGCGCUUUUCGGUGGGAAAGAUGAAGUUUGGUUCAAUAUAUGAGGAGUACCUCAGGGCAGAGCAGGACAAAUAUCUUGCAAAAUGCUCCCAUGUAGAGUACAAACGUCUCAAGAAGGUAUUGAAGCGAUGCCGACUUGAUCGCUCAUUGCAAGCAGAUGGCACCAACGGUGACCAGCAGGAGGACAGGAGCGACGAUUCUUCAGAUGCUUGCGACUGCAAUUCUUGCACAUUGUGUGAUCAGAUGUUCUUUACAGAACUCACCAAGGAGGCUUCAGAUAUAGCUGGCUAUUUCAGCUCUAGAGUACAGCAUCUUCUAAACCUUCAUGUUCCUUCUGGAUUGCAACGGUAUAUAUGGCGCGUACGCCAAUGCUUCAUAGAUGAUCAACAAAUCAUGGUUCAAGAAGGCAGGCUGCUAGUCAAUUAUGUGACCAUGAAUGCUAUUGCUAUUCGCAAAAUUCUCAAGAAAUACGACAAAGUGCAUGGCUCUGUUAGCGGUAGAGAUUUCAAGAGCAAGAUGCAAACCGAGCACACUGAACUGUUGCAGUCACCUUGGCUGAUCGAGCUGGGUGCUUUCCAUCUGAACUGUGAUAGUUCAGAUAUUGAUGAACCAGCAGGGUUCUUCAAGAAUUUUUCCUGUGACUUGACAGGAACACAGCCAGUAAUGACAUUGGCCAUUUCUGAAACUAUCAAGUAUGACUACAGUCUAACUUGUCCAAUUUGCUUGGACACCUUGUUCAAUCCAUAUGCGCUUAGCUGCGGUCACCUCUUCUGCAAAGGCUGUGCAUGUGGUGCUGCGUCUGUGUACAUCUUCCAGGGCGUUAGGAGCGCGCCUCCAGAGGCCAAGUGUCCUGUAUGCCGAGAGGUUGGUGUGUUUGCCCAUGCCGUGCAUAUGAACGAGCUCGACUUGCUCAUCAAAACAAGGUGCAAAGAUUACUGGAGAUGCAGGCUGCGCGAGGAGCGGACGGAGAUGGUGAAGCAAUCCAAAGAAUACUGGGAGUCCCAGGCCAUGCUGUCGAUGGGCAUCUGAACCACCCCGCCAUUGCCAUUCUCUGCUUACAUUGGUGAUUGGUCCAGUCGUCAAGAUUCAUUCCUCUAAGCUAGCAGAUUUGAUCCAUUGACUGCUACUCUGCUACUGAUCAUCACUCUACCAACCAAGCAAGAAGAUGUACCCAAAGAUAGCAGAGACUGACAUAACCGGGGAGGGGAGGGAGGGCUUCCAGGGCAAGCAUGUUCCCUUUCCUUUCUUUAUGUUGCUUGCUGCCCACCUGGUCAGACCUGGAAAGAGACCCAUCCAACCAAUUCCUUUGUUUCUUCCGUUUGUACUGCGCGAGUAGUUCCAACCAAUCACUCUACCAAAGCUUAGCUAUUUAUCCUACCUGUCUAGUACUAUUUGGCAUUUGAACACGGAAUUCCUUCGAAAAAACAGCUGAUUUAGACGCAAUCUCCCGCUGGCUGAGUGCUUGCCUGCGUUGAUAUACAA